GAAACCAAAAACAUAAAAAUAUCAAUAAAUUUCUUAAGUUAAUGAAUAGCAACAAUAAAUAGCCAGCUAGCUAACACUUCCAAAAAAUUGCUAGUUAAAAAUAGGCUCAACAGUCUUGUCAGGAGGCAGGACUGAUCUUAGUUGAUAGUUUAACAUGCUACCACUACGAAUUAUUGCUUAGCUUAGUUGUUCGAAUAUAUUCCUCUAUCGUAGCUGUUUAAUAAGUUGAUGUAAAAGAUAACUAUUAUUCAUACGAUUCCCGACAUCUCAGAUGGUGUUUGCCAGUUUAUCUCUGUGAACUUAAGUGCACAACAGUCACAACACACACAGACACAGUAUUCUGUUGCUACUACCAGUAUAUCUAUAUAGGACCAUAUCAUCAAAACCACCAGAAGUAAUACUAGAAAUACAAUAUGGGAGCAACAACAUCAACAUUAGAAAAUGAUAUAGAGUCCGCUGUAACAGAGAUGUUUGAGAACAAUUUGUGCACAGGGGGUGCAUUAUCAAUAUCAUAAGAAAAAAGUACAGAAAGACGCUUGAAUCAGGCACCAGCAGAAACAUAUAUGAAUGUCAUAGAUUCACCUGAUCCUCAUAUUCAGAAUACUAACAAUGAUCCUGAUAUUGGUAUGUCACCACAUUUUCCAGUUCAAUUAAUCUUUAUAUUCUCUUUGUGAUGAUUAGUUGAUUUAUAGUACCUGAAACUGAGAACUGCACAACAGAAUCUCAGACAGUUCAUUUGCCUUCGCGAAUCCAGCAUUAUAACAUUACCGGGAACUAUAAUUCUGGUACUGUCUACAUUUAUAUUUCAAGUUUUGCUCAUCCUGAUUAUAGAAGUACCACAGUGCAACGAAUUACAAAUCCAAGGAACCUCACAAAACAUAUCUCACACUGAAUGCUCUUUGAUGUACGGCCAGGAAAUAUCACUAGCAGCAUGCCAGUCGGGGUCAAUUAUAAUAAUAGAGAAAAUUACGCUGAGUGGGGUAAGCUGAUACAUUGUUCAUCCAAGUUAAGCAUGAUAUGAUUGUUUUCCUUUACGAAGCCGAAUGAUCAAUAGCUACAGUAUCUAAUUGACAACCUAUAACUAUUUUGAUGCACCAGAAUACGUGAAGAGCAGUUCAUCGGAGGAGGUCAAUCUAAGUAUUCAUGAUAAUGGUUAUGAAGAAAGGAAGGACCUGAUAAAGGAGUACCAGCUACUGUACAAAGCAGCCUUGAAAGGUGACUGGGUUAGGGCUAAAAGGAUUCUUCAGGUUGACCCUGGUGCAAUGACAGCAAGGAUUACGGUCAGCCAAGAGACAGCACUGCACAUAGCUGCAACUGCAGGCCAUUGAACAUUCGCGGAGAAGCUUGUGAAACUAAUGCCAUCAGAGGCUCUAGAGUCAAAGAAAGGUGAUGGUGAAACAGCACUUCAUGUUGUCGCAAGUGCUGGACUCACCAGAGUUGCAAAAGUUAUGGUAAACAAAAGCCCUAACUUGACAUAGAUACGCGAUAAUGGUGAACGGGUUCCACUCAUAACUGCCGUGUGCAGUGCUAAUUCGUCAGAUGAACGAAUCAAGGAGAUGGUUAAGUAUCUCUGCAGUGUUACUAGAGAUGAGGAACCAAGUACCUAUUCUGGUGUUUCGGGUGGUGGCCUGAUCUGCUUAACUAUUGACAGCGGUUUAUAUGAUAUUGCUUUGUAUCUGAUCCAAAGAUUUCCGAAUCUGGCUACCGAAAAAAAUGAAGAUGGUUAUUGUGCGUUAGAAAUGAUGGCUCAACAUCCGUCUGCAUUCCCAAGCGGAACCAAGCUAACCUCAUGGCACUGCUUGAUCUACUCAUUCCUUGAUGUUAAACGAGUAAUCAAAGAAAAGCUGAUGCAUAAACAGGCCUCUGCUUUAGUUAAAUGCAUGUGUACACAGAUUUCUCUAAUGAGCAGCACAGAAAUUUUAAGAAAAUUCAGAGACUCAAGCAUUUUACAGAAUGCAACAAGAUUUGGGAUAGUUGAGCUUGUAGUAGAGUCUGUUCAGACAUUCCCUGAUCUACUUUCACUGGAAUUGAAUAACAAUCACACAAUAUUAGAAGAAGCCAUUAUAUACCGACAAGAAAAGAUAUUCAAUCUCAUAUGUGGAAUAAUUGGGAAUGUAAAGAAGUUCGCUUGCUUAUCAGAUGAAUCAAAUAACACCAUUUUACACUUGGCCGCAAAGUUAGCACAUUCUAAUCGAUUACAUUCGGUUUCAAGUGCUCCUCUUCAGAUGCAACGGGAGCUACAGUGGUUCAAGGAGGUUGAGAAUAUUACCUUUCAAAGACACAGGCAGAAGAAAAAUAAUGAUGGAAUGACGGGUCGAGAUUUAUUCACAGAGCAACACAAAGAGUUAAUGGAGAAAGCAGAGAAAUGUAUGAAAGAUACAGCUAAUACAUGCAUGGUAGUAGCCACACUCAUCACCACUAUAGUAUUUGCAGCAGCUUUGAAAGUACCAGGAGGCACUGUCAGUGACACUGAUAGCAAUGGCAAUGGCACUCCAAUUUUCUUAAGUUAUAACUCAUUCAUGGUGUUUGCAGUUGCGGACGCCUUCGCCCUCUUUUUCUCUAUUACAUCAGUUCUUAUGUUUUUUUCAAUCUUAACAUCACGUUAUGCAGAAGAUGACUUCCUCUAUUCACUACCAAACAAGAUGAUAAUUGGUCUUUCAACUCUUUUUCUCUCUAUAGCUACAACAAUUGUUGCGUUCGGAGGGGCACUAUCUAUUGUGCUUGGACGAAGAUGGACUUGGGUUCCAGUUUUUAUAACACUAGUCGCGUGUGUGCCUGUGAUUUUAUUUUCCUACUUACAGUUUCAGUUACUUAUCGAGGUUGUUCAUUCUACAUAUGGGCCAAGCAUCUUUCGUAGACACAGCCAACGUAUGCAGUGGAGUUGUUAGAAAAAGAUGUGAAACGUAGAUGCAUAUCUAAACAUGAUUGUAACUAAUAGUGCAUAUUGAUUCAAAAGUUUGCAUUGUAAUCAUAUUUAAACAUGACAGUCAAUGGAAUAUAGAAUGGUUCAUCAUGUGGCAGUUGCUAAGUAAUUAAGCUUGCAUCAGGACUAUGUAAGAUUGCAAGUGAUGCGAAGAAAUACAAGAUGAGACAAGAAAAAUGUAAACAUACCGACAAUGAUUUUUCACGAGCAUUUUGUCUUCAGUUUAAGAGUAGUAGUCGUACAAACUUUCCCAGGGCCGUUGGUUCUUCCAAUUUGAAA